AUGAAGUUCUCUACUUUUGCGCUUGUUGGCCUUGUGCCGCAGCUUUCCUUGGCGACCAACCUCCGUGAAUCGGCCAGUCGCAUCCGUAACUUUGCCGACAAGGAUUCCGUUGGUUCAUUCAAUGGCGAAUACGCCAGAUUUUUUAAAAUGGUUGCUGAAAAUCCAGUGCUGACUCUCGAAGACUUGAUGGAUUCACAGCAGGCGUUGGAAACGGAACUGGAUGUAGAACAGGCGGAAAUCAAGGCAUUCAUGGCGGCAAUUCAACGCUCGGAAAUCAUUGACUUGAGUAUGGAUAUUUCGAAUGCUCCUUCGGAUUCCAAAUCUCCCAGCGCAUCGGACAAUCCUAGUGUGUCGCCUACCGUUUCGUCGAUGCCCACAAUGAAAGUUGGGGAUCCCACUGCUGCACCCAGUAGCUUCCCUUCAGCAAUUCCGACGACAACACCCUCGAACAGCCCGUCCACUACAGCUCCCACGACGGAACCGCCGACAAUGGUCCCCACAUUUGCUGGCUGUGGGAUUUCCGCGGAAUCCCGCGUUCAGGCCAUUCUCUCCAUUCUUGAUGCAGUUGCUGAUCCCGUCUUGAUUCGCGACGGUACCUCAUCCCAAGGACUCGCCACACAGUGGUUGAUUGAAGAUGACGAAUUCCGUAUCUGCCCCGACGAUGACAAGCUUAUCCAGCGCUGGUCGAUGGCGGUCAUGUAUUUCUCCACUGGUGGUCCGGACUGGUUCCAGUGUUCGGGCGACGAGGCCGCCACCGAUAUCUGUGGCGCAGAAGAUCCCUUUGUGGGCAAGCAGCGCUUUUUGAGCGGGGUGUCUGAAUGCGAUUGGGCUGGAAUUUCGUGUAUUACUGGCUGCGUCUCGGAAGUGGAAUUCGAAUCGAACAAUUUGGUGGGUACGAUCCCGACCGAAAUGGGUCUCUUGACCGAUUUGGCUGUUUGGGGGAUGGAACGUGGUGGACUGACUGGUCCUAUUCCCACCGAAAUUGGCAUUCUCACCAAUCUCAUCUUUUUGGACUUGGACUUUAACGCGUUGACGGGCACGUUGAGUUCCGAAUUGCUGAGUUUGAGUACGCUGACCCAGCUGGAUCUCAACAACAACCAAUUUACCGGUUCCAUCAACGGCAUUGGUGUUUAUCCCGCCAUGGAAUUUUUGCAGUUGCACGACAAUGGGUUUACCGGGACCGUCCCGGCGGCGGUGGGUGGCUUUUCGGGCUUGGUGGCCUUUACGCUGUACGAAACGUCUAUUUCCGGAGUCAUGCCCGCGUCCGUGUGUGAGUUGCUCGAGACGGACGUCAAUGGUGGUGUCCUCCGUUCCUUGAUUGCCGACUGCGUCGAACCCAAUCCGAACGUGAUCUGCCCGUGCUGUACCGAGUGCCGUGCGAACUAA